CCUCAUCCUCACCUCGCCCGCUCGUCUCUACUGCAUCGCUGCUUCGCGCCGGUGAGGCUUGUGCUCUUGUCUUCUAGAUCCGCCAGCCCGGCCUCGCUGCGCGCGCCUUCCUCCUCGUCUCUCUUGCCUGCGCCGCUGCUGCUCCACUUGCGCCGCUCUGCGCAGCCCUCUGCCGCACUCGCCGCUCGCUGCCGCUGCCUCGCCUGCUGUCACUCGUUCCUGCCGCUGCACUUGAGGCUCUCGCACGGCGCCGCGCCUACGCCCCCUGCGCGGCGCCAUGGACAAGCUCAAGGUGGCCCGCGUCGACGGCGUGCUGCUGCAGCAGGGCACGCAGCCGAGCCGCCGCGGCACACUGCACCUCACGCAGCACCACCUCAUCUUCUCGUCUGAGCAUUCUGCCGGAGCGGCCGACGAGCUCUGGCUGGCCUACUCGCUCCUCUGGCUGGUGACCCGAGUGCCGUCGCUGCUGCCCCUGAACGCUACGUCGCGGCGAGAAGCACGCAUUCAUCCGCUUGUCGUGCGCCUGCGAGACUUUCGCUCCUUCGCCCUUGGCUUUGAGAGCGAGGCGCAGGCGACGGAUGUGUGGGAGAGCGUGCGCGCAUGUGCCGUCGUCGCCGAAGCACAGGCGCUCUAUGCCUUCUACCACACGCCUGCCGCACCCUCGCCCGUGCAGGGCUGGCAGCUCUACGAUGCCAAGCGCGAGUUCGCGCGGCAGGGCGUGGGCAGCCGCACGCGAGCGUGGCGCAUGUGCGACAUCAACGCCGGCUACGGAUUCUGCGCGACGUACCCGGCGUCGAUGUGCGUGCCCUCGCGCAUCUCGGACGCCACGCUGCGGUAUGCGUCCAAGUACCGCUCCAAGGAGCGCAUCCCGGCGCUGAGCUACCUGCACUGGGCCAACCUCGGCACCAUCACGCGCUCGUCACAGCCCAUGGUUGGCCUGAACAACCGCAGUCUGCAGGACGAGAAGCUCAUCGAGGCUGUGUUCACGAGCCACCACUUUGCCGACCCGCACAGCGCAGCAGCGCAUGCUGCCUCGGCAGCCAGCGCGCAGGCUAGCGGCUCCGGCGGCGCAGCAAACGUCGCACUGAUCUAUGGCGCACAGGCGACGAACCUGAUCAUCGAUGCGCGCCCGACGACCAACGCCAUGGCGAACCGGGCCAAGGGCGCAGGCACGGAGAACAUGGAGCACUACAAGGGCUGCAAAAAGGCCUAUCUGGGCGUCGAGAACAUCCACGUCAUGCGCGACUCGCUCAACCGUCUCGCCGACGUGCUGCGGGCGUCCGAGCCGCCAGUGACCUUCGGCGCCGGAUCUGCCGGCGAGUUGGAGGUCGCUGGGAGCGCAGCAGAUACGGACGGUGCCGGAUCGAGCUCUGACGCUGCCGGUCCGCACAGCACUGCAAUGGCUGCUACCCUCUCCUCGAGCUCUAGAACAUCGCAGCGCAGCGCUAUCGCGCCGCUCGACUACGCCGGGCUGAAGCGCUCUGGCUGGCUAAAGCACAUCUCUGCGCUGCUCGAAGGCACCCUGAUCAUCGCGCGCAACGUGCACAUCAACUCGUCGCACGUGCUCAUCCACUGCUCCGACGGCUGGGACCGCACCUCGCAGCUCUCGGCACUGGCGCAGAUCUGCCUGGACCCGUACUACCGCACGCUCGACGGCCUUGCCGUGCUCGUCGAGAAGGACUGGUGCAGCUUCGGACAUCGCUUCUGGGACCGCUGCGGCCACGCCAGCAGCCAGAAGUACUUUGCCACGGCCUCGGGCCACGGCGAGGAGUCCGAAGACGAGGACGGCAGCGCCGACGGCCAGGACACGGAGCGCAGCGGCUUCGAGGUGCAGAGCCAGGCUGCGGCAAAUGCCUUCUGGGGCUUCACCAAGAGCAUCGCCAACAACUUCCAGGGCAGUGGGCACAGCGGCAGUGGUGCCGCAGGCGCACAUCUCAAGGAGACGUCGCCGGUCUUUCUGCAGUUUCUCGACUGCGUCUGGCAGCUGCAGCGGCAGUUUCCGGGGCGCUUCGAGUACAAUGCGACGCUGCUCGUCGAGCUGCACACGCAGCUGCAUGAGUGCCGCUUUGGCACGUUCCUCAGCAACUGCGAGCGCGAGGCGCGCAUCGCCACAGAGACGGCGCCGGCGCCGGCCAACCGCACGGUGAGCGUCUGGGAUGCGCUGCUGGCGCCCGAGCAGCGCAAGCGAUUCAUCGACCCGAGCUUCGACGCCUCGCUCGACGACCCGAAGCGCGACGGCGCCGACAUGGGCGUGCUGCUGCCCGUCUCGCGCGACGUGCGAUACUUUGCGCAGAUCUUCGGCCGGCAGGACGAGGAGAUGAAUGCGGGCAUCGUGGCGGAGAUCGAGGAGCGCAAGCGCGCACUGCAAGCCGCCGAAGAUGCGCGUGCCGCAGCCGCGGCAGCGGCACUGCAAGCUGCGGGCCCGUCAGAGGCAUCGCGCUCGGCCCUCGGUGCCGUCGUCGAGGGCGGAAGCGGUGAUCCAGGGCGCGAUCUUGGCGCUGCGGCAGGAGCUGUGGGACGAGUCGAGGCGCCGCUGGCGUACAAGCCCAGAGCUGCCCGUCCGCGACCUGCGCAAGCCGCAGCAGCGCCGGCUGUCCCGACACUAGCGCCGCAGAGAGGAGCGUCGCCCGUGCCUCCUGCCGGCGCUGCUGCGCCGAGUGCGGCAGAGGCAGCGCAGCGCAUGAAGGGCCUACUCGUUAGCGGCUGGGGCCGUCUGCAGGCCGCCUAUGGCGAGGCCGCGCCAUCCGAGGAUCCCGCAGCCCACCGCGCGCCAGCAGACCCGCUCUCGCAAGACGACAGCGCCGCUGCGUGGGCCGACGUCGCGCCGCGCAAGAGCACUCGUGCUGAGCCGAGCCCCGGCCCUCUGGCAGCGCCGUUGCCGCCAGCGCGCACACAGCCCGAGUCGCGGCCGCCGGCAGCCAACGCCAGCGAGAGCAACCCCUGGGCGGCGCGGCCAGCGGCGCCUGCACUCGACCCGCUCGCGGCCCGCACGCAGCCACCUGCGCCGACUGCGGCGGCGCCCACUGCGCGGACACAACCCGACGAAGCGGCGGCGGCGCGAAGUGCAUCGUACGACCCGCUCGGCGUCGGGCUGUGAGGCUCUGCAGCAAGUUCGCUAGUCGCGCCCACACCGGAGGCCAUCUGUACACCAGCCACGCAUCACUCGGCUCUCACACAUGUCCGAAGGUCAAUCGUCGCGGCGACGCUAAUGCUCAGAUUAAGGCAGGUCCAAGGUGAAGAGUGUGUGCCCUAGAGAGAUGGGAGACGAGAGUGGGAUGGAUGGGUCCAGAGACAGCGCGGCGGAUGAGGCGGGAAGCGAGGCAAGACCUGGUGUAUAGAGUCGUGGCGGAGUUGCGUCGUGACCGGGAUGCCCUUGGAAC